AUGGAAACGACAUCGAUGAACCUUCGUCAAUUGUUUGGACUCACAGUGUUGAUUGCCAUUUUGAUGGAAACAUCAAGUGCGCAGAUGAAUGAAAAGCGCUCUGCUUACACGUUGAAUGAUGACGUAGAGGUAUACGUAAAUGGACAACGAGUGACGUAUCAGGAGUUCACACGACUGAAACCACCUCUAGAUCAACACAAAUUUGUCGUGACAUCCCAAUUUGUGGUAGCAAAGUUGCUUUUGUUGAAUAGUAUUAUUGCACGUUACGAAAGGCCACACGUUCUUAAACCGUAUCUAAUACAAGUUGUUGAGUAUAUUCACCGUAAGUUUGAAGAAGCAAAAGGAGAACCAUUCAUAACGUUUCUUCCGAGAGAAACCUGUAUUGAAUAUGUUCAAAUAUUUAGAGUCCCCUUUGAGGAUAUUAAGGAAUCGCCAAAAUUUAAAUAUCAUACACCAGCAUAUUUCGAUAUCAUGGCACAGUAUGCCGACCAAACAAAGGUGGUAGAGAAGAAUGUCAUAGACACCUUGGCAAUGAUGUGCGCACAGAUUUAUCUGCAAUGUUCUGCUGAUUUGCAAAAGCUCGAGAGGGAAAAGACCGUUGAGGAUCGGCGGGAAAGAAGAAUCGUCGAUACAACCACUAAUAUCCAAGCCAGUGCUGACGUCGGAAGCGUCAAUGAAGCAACUACUGUUCAUGAUAGCAAGCGUGAUAUUGGCGAGCACCCGUCUUCGAUGGCAGCAAACGAGAUGGUUGCUACAUCGUAUAUUCAAGGGUCGUUGGGUGCAUGGAAUCCCGAUACGGAUGGGUUAUCGGACAAUGAAAAUGAUUCAGGUGAAAAUGCCGCAUCUUCCGGUGAUGACGGACAGCGGCAUCGAAAUUCAGCUGCGGGUAGGUCAAGCCCCGCAGAUGAGGACGACUGGCUUGAUUCCUACAAUAAUUCCGAGAUAGCCGAAGAAGACGGAGAUGCAGAUUGGGACGAAUACUACGAAUUCUUUUUGAAGCGCCUCAAAAGAUCCCCGGUGGAAAUUGGCCCGGCGCCGGUAGAUGAACCCAGUGAUCCUCCCUCCAUGUGGCAACGGUUCCUAGCGUUCCUGUGUCGGAUUCGGUGGUUUUGGGGAAGACAGCGUGGUAGAUGA